AAGUGCUAAUUUGAUUUUUUGGAAAUUAAUUUUACUAAAAAGAUAUCAAUAAUAACCAGCGGUUCAAAACUGAAAGAAUACAAAGUAUAUGUAACUGGUCACUUUAACAAUAACAAAAUAUUAUUAUUUGCCUUUGUGCAAUAUUUUUGCAAUAAAAGUAAAUAUUACAAUUUAAAAUGUCGGCGCAGCCUGCAGAAAAUCAAAAUGCUUUAGUUCUCGAGCAAUUCCGUUUAUAUGCGGAAGAGCUGGACGAUAAACAUGAUAGACAUGAAAGAAUAGUUAAACUCAGUAGAGAUAUUACAAUAGAAAGCAAAAGAAUUAUUUUUCUCUUGCAUACCAUUGAUAAUGAAUCCAAGAAAUCUAAAGUACUCAAAGAAGCUGAGAAGCGACUGAAAGCCUUAUGCUCCAAACAGUUCAAAAGUAUUGCAUUGGAAUUACUUAAGCAAGAUCCAUAUUUAUAUUUGAAGGCAUACACAGCAGGACUGCAGGAAUUCAUAGAAGCACUAACCUUUUACCAGUACAUUGAGGAUGGAAAAAUUAAUCACUGGAAGGACAUUCAACAAUUACUUUCUUAUAAAAUAUCUGAACUAAAUCAAAAUACAAAACACUCUAAAGCUGACACUGUCCUGAAACUGAAUGAAACUGAUUGUGAGAAAGAAAGUAGCCAGAAAGAUGAUGAAGUUGUUUGCACAUUUGUACCACCACCUGAAUAUCUUUUGGGUCUGGGUGAUCUUACAGGAGAAGUCAUGAGAAAGUGUAUUCUUUGCGUUGGCACUGGAGAUACAGAGGGUUCCUUUAAGGCUUGUAAAUUUCUUCAAGAAAUGCACACUGGCUUUGUUUCUAUAACCCAAAAUGGAAUACACAGAGAAAUAUAUCGCAAAGCCAAUACAUUACGUCAGAGUGUUUUGAAGGCAGAAAAGGUGUGCUAUAAUAUCAAAGUCAGAGGAAAUGAGUGCAGUAAUUGGGCUUUAAUUGAUACUGCAAAUGAACGACUUGAGGAAGAUGAAGGAUUCUGUUGA